GGUAAUAAACAGUAGUAUAAACAGGUGGCAAAGAAGGAAAUUCAAAAAGAAUAUAAUUUGGUUUUAUUUUACAAUAAGAACAAAGUUAUCUGCAGCCAUCUGAUCUAGCACCAAAGAGUACUACAACAAUAUAGUAAUUGUGUUACAAGUUUUAAAAGAAUGAUGAUGUACUUAAGUUGUAAUAAAUUAACUGACCAGGCAGAUCAUGAAGAAAUAUUGAAAAAACAAAUCGAUGAGAAAAAUAUUGAUAAUCUCUACCAGACAGUGUUAAUACGAACAUUGUCUGAGAACGUAGACAAUUCGUUAACCAGACACCCGACUGUUGGUGAAUAUUUAAUACGACUGUGUAGAGAAUAUAAAUUAUUAGCCAAUGAAAGAAUGACCGUUUUAUCAACGACUGAUUCGUUAUUAGCUGUUCAACUCUGUCUGUCAUCGAUAGGAAAGGUGAAAGACAUCAUAACAAUUGAUGAAAUAACGAAAAAUCAUGACUUUAUACAAAAUUAUAAAAUGAAGUCUGAUGCUGAUUUGUCCGAACCAAAUGAAGAGAGACGGAAAAUGUUAGAUUCAUACAAUGAUUUACUGAAAACUACGAAUCAAUUAGAUAUCUACGAUAUUUAUUCACGAAUAAAACAAGAACUACGAUCGACAGACGUGGAAGAAGAAUCAGAUUUAUUGAAAGAUCUCAAGAAAAGUAAAAUAUUGUGUUUUGGUGAACCAACGACAGAAUUAGAGAAGUCCAUGUUAAAACUGUUAUGUAUAGAUGGGUUGUAUGAAGUAGAGUAUGACCUCACAUCCUGUACAGUAAAUCAUCAGUCAAGGGAGAUAACUUGGUUAGAUAAUCUGAUCUAUCAGGAAUCAUUAUCACAAGACACAACACCAUCUACAGUUCAGUUAUAUAUACAAAGAGUGUUUCGAUGUUAUUUAGAGUUAUUGCUGAAUACACGUAGUGAGCUUGCAUUAGCAACUAUAUUUAACGUCCCGGACAGAGAAUUAGGGCAUCAUGCCUUCACAGCUUUAAAACAUACAUCACAGUCGAAAAGACUUCCAAUGUAUCAGACAGCUGUAUCACAUAUAAUAAAACUACGACUGGGUGGUAAAGCGUAUGCUCCAGCUCUAGAUUGUGAGUUAGCUCCCUUUGUAAAAGGUCUAGGAGAGUUAAUUACCUUUGUACAGAAGUUACAGUCUAUAGUAGAAGAAGAAGCAGAUAUCAGAACUGCAUGUAGAAGAGUAAUAUCUAAUAUUAGAACAUGUAUUAAGAAAUGUAAAACAAACAGAUUAAAAGAGGAAGAUGUACAGACCACAGCUGAUUAUUUACACACAAGACUAACACAAAUAAUAGAGGAUAGAGAAAAAAUAAACCUUGUUAGUCCCGACAAGCCUGCUAGUGAUGGUGGAUCGUUAUUGGGGAGAAGAACUGUUCGUGUAUUACGUCAGCUACUAGAUUCUGAAGUAACCGGUAAGGGGGAUAACUCUGAAUGUUUUUUAGAAGAUUUUGCUCUCAAUCCUACAACACCAACGAGAAUACAGUGUAUUUUAUCACAGUUCAGAUCACCCGAGGUUUGUCAGGAUGAAGAAGUUGUCGUUGAUGAUCAGAUGAAGAUUAAAAAACGAGGAUUACAGGAUAGACAUAAUAUUCAACACACCUACAACUCAAUUCCUGUACCAAAAGAUGUUCGAAUUUCAAAAGAAGAGAAAUUAUUAAGAGAAAAUUUAAAUUCUGUAAUUGUUAUCCCAAGUAAAACAAUCGUCCACGCUGCUCCAGGAAAUCACGGUCUCCAUCUUGGAUUAAAACACUCUGACACAAAUAAACGCGACUCGGCAGCCUUCGAUAAAGAAAAUAUACAACUGGACGAUCAGCCAAACAAACGUCAGAAGACAGAUGUUGAAGCCAGUAAAAUAAACGUAGAAGGGAAAUCCAAGAAAGGAGAAAAGCCUUCCAAGAAAAUUUCUUCCAAAAGUCAAGAGAGUAAAAAGACUAAACCCCAACCCAAAUCUUGUCGUAGAAAAUUACUUCCACAGGUCAAAGGUCAACAAAAUAUCACUUCAUUUUUCAGGUUAUAGACGAAACAUGUUUUAUUAUUUGUAGGAAAUUUUAAAAAAUACAUUUGAUAUACGAUUGUUAAUAAUAAAUGAUAUGUGGUUUAACCAGGGGCGGAUCCAGAGGGGGGUUAUGAGGAACCUGGCAAACCCCUUCCUGCAAAAAUUCCUGGAUCCGCCCCUGUUAACAUCCUACUUUUCUCACUAACCUGGCUUAUUCUGUUUAUAAUCAUGGCAGGAGGUUGGAUGGCCGAAUGGCUAAUGCGUGGGCAUUGUAUCAUAAGGUCUAUCUUUGAGUCAUCUGGCCUAGUUUCGAUUCACUGCUUGUACGGAACAAGGAGUAGUGUCGCCUGUCCAACCUGGUGGGUUUGCUCUGAAUCCUCUGGUUUCUGCCCACUGCUAAAGACCCCUACGCACAAGCGAAUUAUUGAAAUAAAAUUGAACAUAUUUAAAGCCUAUUUAUAGCUACAUGAUUUAAACAACAUAAUUAUAAUUUAUUUAACAUAAUUAUGUAACUAUGGUGAUAUCAUAGUAGAGUUCAGGGAAUGUUAUAAACAUCUGAUAAUAUUCUGUUGAAUAUGAAAUAACAGUUGUGUUAACUGAAUGUUAUUAACAUCUGAUAAUAAUAUACUGAAUAUGAAAUGAGAGAGAGAGAGAAAUGGGGUUUAACGUCCACUCGACACAAACUAGGUCAUUUCGGGACUAACAUAUGGUUUGAUUUUAUUUACAUAAUUCGCUUGCGCGUAGGGGUCUUUAGCAGUGGGAGGAAACCGGAGGACCCGGAGAAAACCCACGAGGUUGGACAGACGACCCUACUCCUUGCCACGUACAACCGGGGAUUCGAAACCACGCCAGUCGACUCAAUGACAGACUUUAUGAUACAGCGCGCGUACGCUAACCAUUCAACCAUCCAU